AGGGGAACAAUAAAAAUGGAAAGUAUACCUAUCGUAAUUCAAUAUUAUAAUAUAAAAAGUAAUAUCAUUAAUUAGAUAUUAAUAAUCUAUUCGUGCUUUUACGAUGGCUGUUAACAAUGAAUUUGAUAUCAAUAAAGUUUGCAGAGUGUGCCUUCAGGAAGGCAUUUUAACGUCUGUUUUCAAUAAAAAUUUUGCCAUACGCCACUCAGAUAUGAUGAUGUACUGCACAACUGUAAAGAUAUUAGAAAAUGAUGGCCUACCAUCAGUUCUUUGCAAUAACUGUGUUUAUCGACUAGGUGUAGCUUACCAGUUCAAACAGCAAUGUGAAAACUCAGAUAUGAGAUUGCGUCAAUAUUUAGGUUUAGAUUGUAUAAUUACUCACAAAAAUAAUGUUAAAGAAGAAUCAUGUUUACAAGGUAGCAUCAGUGAUAAUGCAACUCAGGUAAAAGAUGAAGAAAUAUAUGCGGCUAUGAAUGUUGUUUGUGAAAUGUUGAAUAAAACUCAAGACAAUGUUGUUAACGAUGUUGUGACAGAUUUAACUAAUUGCGGAACAACUGCUGAUUCAGCAUUUAAAGUAAGUCAAUUAACUACACUUGAGGCUAUUCCUUUACUAAAUCAUAGCCAUAGUCAUAAUCAUCAAGAGAAAGACACUCAAUCAAUUCUAAAUGAAGCUACAAACUUAAGUCAGUGUAUGUCAAGUAAAAAUAGUUUAAUUAAGGAUAAGUGCAAUGAGAUGUAUGAAGAUGUAAAAAAUCCAUUAAAGAAAAAAUGUAAAAACGAUAAAGCUAAAAGUUUGAAUUGUAGAAAAAAAUCUAUUAGACCAAAAGAGAUGAAAUUGUUGAAGCAACCUGAACAAUGUUUUGAGUGUGGUAAAACUUUCAACUACAGUGGUUAUCUUGAAGCUCAUCUACGUACGCACUCUGGUGAAAAACCUUACGAAUGUAAUGUUUGCAAACGGAAAUUUGCACAAACUGGAAAUCUCGCACUGCAUAUGAGAACUCAUACUGGUGAACGGCCUUUUCAAUGUGAGAUAUGUAGCAAAAUGUUUUCGACAUCUAGUAAUUUGCAUGCACAUCAAAAAAUUCACUCAGGGAUCAGAAAUUAUGUUUGUACUCUUUGUCGACGUGCAUUCAAAUCAUCUACAGAAUUGGCAAGUCAUGCUGGUACUCACACAGGAAUUAAAAAUCAUAUCUGCAAAAUUUGUGGUAAAGCUUUUUAUAAAACAUCUUACCUUAAUGUACAUAUGCGUACUGUACACAUAGGUGAAAAAAGACAUAAAUGUAGUGAAUGUGGAAAAGAAUUUUCUAAUAGUUCAAACUUAACAUGCCAUUUUCGUAUCCAUACGGGUGAAAAACCUUUUUGUUGCACAUUUUGUGAUGCGAGGUUUAAUCAGUCUUCAGCACUUCAAAGGCAUUUGAAACAGCACAAUGGUAGCAAACCUCAAAACAAAUACUCAACUAGAGUAAAUCCUCCUAGUGAAAACAUAACAUACUCUCAAAUACCUAUGCAAUCUUCAAAUAUUUUAUUAAUGCAUGAACAAGAUUUAGUACCAAUGGAUUUGCAGCUAGUUACAAACGACAACACAAAUAUUAUGCCCACAGAUUACACAAAACAUAACGAUUAUUCAAAAACUAACUUAAUGGAUGAAAUUGCAGAUUAUUCAAAAACCAAUUUACAACUAGAUUUUACUAAACAAAGUGAUUGUAGUAAAAUUAACUCAGAUUUUCUAAAGCAUAACGAUUAUAUGAAAACUCAUAUUGAUUAUGAUAAAACGCACAUUUUGCUUGAUUAUACUAAAGAUCAUAAUGUUAUAGAUUAUCACAAAUCUAGUACAAACUUUAUGUAUAAUCCUUAGCACAGUAUAAAAAGUUCAAUGCAAAUGUUUAAUGCAAAUCACCAUUGCAUAUUUAUUUAAUUGACAAGCUAAAACACAUGCAGGCGAGUUAUUACAUUUUUCUUUAACUCACGAUCAGAUAACUUUACCAAACAUUUUUUGUUUAUUAGGAUAAUUUUUUAAAUACUAAACA